CGAGCGACCACACCCCGGUAAUAAAGCCGGCUCACGCACUCCGCCCACUCCCUCUCAUCCGCCGUCGCCUCUCAGCUCUCCUCUCUCUCUUUCUCCGCCGCCGCAGUCUCCGAGGAAACCCCCGCAACGCCGAUGGCCGCCAGCAAAUGGGUCCGGCCCGAGGUGUACCCGCUGUUCGCUGCGACGGGCGUGGCCGUCGGCAUCUGCGCGUUCCAGCUGCUCCGCAACAUCACUGGCAACCCGGAAGUCAGGGUUAGCAAGGUAGGGAGGGCAGCAGGAGUGCUUGAUAAUCAUGAGGAGGGGAGGCGCUACGCUGAGCAUGGUCUCAGAAGCUUUGUGCGUGACAAGACCCCCGAGAUCAUGCCAGGUAUCAACAAGUUCUUCACCGACCCAAAGUGAAGGGUUUGGAUUCGGCUAUGACUCGCCAGUGCACAAUGUUGUUCUGCUACUAUUAGUUAUGAUUGUGGGUAAAUGUAAACCCGUGUGAAGCAUUCAGCAAUGUUUGACUCGCCCAUAAUUUGGAGGAUAUCUGACAGUGAUUACCUCUUAUUGAAUGUGCCAUGUAUUGGCUGAUGGCUUCCUAUAUACCGCAACAAAUAUCUUAUGGUCGAUGGCUUGAACAUAUAUGUUCCAAUGAAGUUGUUCAAUGUUUGUGUUCA